GUUCGCGGCAGCUGGUCGUGUCGAGUUGUGUUGUUAUUUUGUAUUAAGUGAUAACUACGGGUUUUAAGUGAAGUGCAGCGAGGUAUCAGUGGUCUCAAAUCAUCAAAAACCGUAGUAAACAUCUCAAAGAGUAAUCACAAUAAAUAACACCACGGAAGCUAAAAAGCUACAUAUGUGAACCGCCUCCAGCGACAGUGGCACCACCACCGAAGUCAUGCUGCACGAAGAGGUCGAUCUGGAUGAUACGCACCUGUGCAACAAAUGUGGUCGCACGAUAGUGGGACUGGAGAACUACAUCAAACAUCGAAAUGUGCCUUGCUCAACACCCAAGCCUGCAACGGCGACGAUUGCCAGCGGUCCCAGUCCUCGAAUCGGACCAGAACAACACUAUUCAUCGUUUGACUUUGGCGAUGGCAUUAAAGAGCCGGAUCAUCACAAGAAACUGUCUAACUAUGCAUUCAACUAUGAUUUGGAGGCCCACCAAAGUGAUCCGGUACAGCGGCCGGAUAGUAAAACGGAAUAUAAAAAUGAUGUCAAUUAUGAUUACGAGUUGGGAGCGGAUUUAUUCUUUUCAUCAUUGGAGCUCCAAAGUAGUUCGAAGAAAGGUGGCAAUUUAAAUGCGUCCACCAGUAAACUGAACGUUACUCCUCGAUCGAAAGGACGAAAACCGACAGUUUCUCUGUCAAACACAGAUCCAGAACAUGAGCAAGAUCACGAGGAUGAUUGGAUCCCUCCUGAACCCGAUUCGGAGAAAUUGAUGAAAGCAGUUAGUGAUAUUAGUGGAACCAAGCGAGUUGAAUUAUUUCCACUUUUUCAGCACGAAUCACCAGAACCAUCCGAAGAUGAGAGUGAUGACGAUGAAGACUACGAUGCUCCACCCAGAACGCACACAGGGGGCAAAUGGAAACCGGAAAAUCGUCCAUCCUCUUCCCAGUGGCACCAUUGGCCAGAUCAGGACGCACAUCUUGAUAAAUCAAUUGAACAAGAAGAUGAUGAAGAUUACAAAAGUUUCUCGCCACCUCCUGGUCACACCAAGGGCAAAUGGGUUCCGGGGUCGAAAAUCACUCGCCUAGAAUACAGAGCCCCUUCGUUUCCAAGUAAACCUUUCGAUGAGAGCUACUGGUGCAGCAUAUGCAAUCGAAAGCUUGCUUCUCGGUUUGUCUAUGAGAGGCACUUGAAAUCAAAGCUGCAUCUGAAAAGAGCUCAAGAAGAAUCCGAGCUGGAAAGAGCGGUCAAACCGGGUAUUUAUUCAAAUGAGCUAUCGAAGCGAAUCUGCAAACCUUCAGUUUAUUUGGGGGAUGAUUUCUUCAGUGGAAAUCUGAGCCCCGAAAAAAGCUCAACGCCACUCAUUCCUGCCGAAGAAAAAUCAUCAUUAACUACAAAGGUUAAACGAAAGCGAAAAUGCUACUACACAAAAUGUGAGAUCUGUAAAACUCGUCUUCCUAUACAUCUUUUGGGGAAACAUUUGAUCUCACGAUAUCACUACCGCCGGAUGCUAAACCAUCCAGUUCAAUGCACUGACGUUAUUUUGAGAAAUAUUCACCGCAUUGUCCUCCAAUCUCCAUUUCAAUGUCACCCUUGUAAGUUCUACGCCAACACGGAAGAGCAUUUCAUGGCUCAUUGGAACUCGGACGAGCACGAACACAAUGUCAGCUCUGGUGGAAAACUCUGGUGUAGUUUCUGCAAAUUUGAGUGCUCAGAAAAUCUCCAGAUGACUAACCAUUUGCUAGAUCAAGAUCAUCAAGAAGUGAUCUCCGUCAUCAAUCGAUCUGUACCGAUCAUCAUUCGCUUGAUAAGUCCCAUUCGAUGUGAGUUCUGCGGAGAUGAGUUUCGUUACAACGCCAUGCUGAACAAACAUCACGAGUACUGCAACGAAGGAACGCCAGAAGAUGCCAUCCGUGUUAGACAAUCGUUCCAAAAUUUGUUUGUUUGUACCAUCUGCAAAGCAUCCUUCCACAGCAACACGCUACUUCUGCAGCAUAAUCAGAAACUACAUCGAAUAACCACCUAUUACUGUUCGAUUUGCGAAGUCACAUUUGCAACUCCCGCCGAAUCGUCAAAGCAUCGAAAAACUACGGCCCACAAAGUGAUGUCCGCCAGGAAGCGCCAAAAGAAUCUGGUGCUGUCCAAAGUGUGUCACAUAUGUAAGAAACAGUGUCCGGAUAUUCUAGCGUUGAAAGAUCACAUUCGCGAUGAGCAUCCUGAAAAUAAAUUUAGCUGCCCACAGUGUGGUCAAAAAUUCGUUCUAGGCCAAGAACUUGGCAGACACGUACGUGACAAAAAUUGUUCAUUUUUCAAUUCCACCACAUCAUCGUCGUCGCCGUCGUCGUCAUCAUUGAACGUGGCAUCCUUCGUGCUACCAAACGUGGUAGCAAUCCCGUCAACAUCCCGAGCCACGCACCCAGCCACGACUGUGGCGACAACGACGCCGGCCGAAAAUUCAAUUAUCCCAAAUGAUUCAAUUAAAGUAAAUAUGAAUGAUCGUGAAGCAGCAUCGGAGUCACAUCUGUAUUCUUCGAGAUCAGCGAGAGGGCCGCCAGCAACUGUGGCUGGUGGGGCUCGCACUGUGAAAGCAACGGGUCAACCCAGGGACGAGCCACUUUCCAGGAUAGCACCCACAGCAGCAGCAGAAGUUGAUGAGUCGGAAGCUUUCGGACCGGUUCCAGCGAUGACCAUGAUGGACCAUUACUCCAACCUCCUGCCUACAACUACAGCGGGAUCACUCCCAUCGAUUGAGACCCACCGAGUCAUCGUAACAUCGACCCACAAUUUUCUCCUUCCGAGCCCGUCGUCGGCCUCGCAGCCAUCCUUGUCAGCAGUACACCACCCGCUUAUCGUACUUCCAGAAACGGUGACCCAGCCAAACACGGUCUCAUCAAACGACGAUGGUAAUGAUGAUAACAUUGUCGCCAGUGCGUCCACGUCAGCGGAAAUCUUUUUCACCAUGGCUAAUAAUGCGUCCGAAAAUAAUACUGUUUACGUUGAUGAAAUUGUUGGCACCACCACCGAGGACAGCUCGGCCGUAUCAUGGCAGUGUAAAAUAUGCCCAUUCAGUUCGAGCUCGCAAGCAGAUUUUCUGUAUCAUGGAGUAUUGCACGCAUCAAAAAUGAACCCUACGGCGACACGGGAAUCGGACAUGGCAGCAAAACUGAACUGUCCUCUGUGUAAAAAGCUAUUUUCGAGAACCUCAUUGCGUUUACACCUGCGCCAACAUACAGACGAGCGGAUGUUCCAAUGUGAGCUGUGUCCCAUGAGUUUCACUCGAAAGGCUAAUCUCAAGAAUCACGUAGUAAACAUGCACGUGGCAAAGAAGCAAAUCAAGUUUGAGCCGGGUAAUCAUCCUAAGCAGUCGACAACAGAACCACCGAAAAGUGCUAUUUGUACUACUUGUGGCAAGGCGUUCUCCAAUAGCAAAAUCCUACUCCAACACGCCAAAGUCCACGUGGAGCGCAAAUCGAUCAAAGAAUUCGCCUGUCAUCACGAAAACUGUUUCUACAUCGGAUCGAAUGCGGCCAAGGUGCGAACCCAUCUGCUUAGCUGCCACUCGGACGAGCGUAGCUUUGUGUGCACCGAACCGGACUGUGACUACCGGGGCAAAACCCUCGCCCAGCUACGUAGACAUACACAACGGCACGAGAAUACAGAGAAAAAGUACAGAUGCAAUCAGUGUGACUUUGCCACCAGAAUCCCGGGACAUUUGAGGCGACAUCUGCUGGUUCAUAGUGGGAAAAAACCAUUUCAAUGUCCCCACUGCGAGUACAGCUGUAAUAACAUUGAAAAUCUUAGGAAACAUGUUAUUUCUACGUCGAUACAUAGAGGUAAAUUUCUGUAUCAAUGCAAAUAUUGUCCCACGGUAACUGAAUCUGGAGAACCUUUCAAAACCAAUUUCAACAAAGAUUACCGGGAUCAUCUCAUGACAUUUCAUAAAUUGACGACAAAGGAGACAAACCAGGCUGUAAAAAUUUUAUAAAAUAAGGUAUAAAAUAUAAACAAGAGAAAUUGUUACUUGGCUCACGGACACGAUUUGGAUGACCUACCUUGUCACUG